UUGUGGAAAGACCACUGAUUGUUUCAACUGGAACACACUGCCAAGGGAAUUGGGUUGGCGUAGUGGUUCCUUCCUCUGUCGCUUUCCACCUGUACCUCUGUGGUCCGCGGGUUUGAUUCCGAGUCCCGGCUCGGUACGUCCACAUGCAUGUCAUGUCGACUGUCCCUACUUGAUUCCGUGGGUUUUACCCAAAAUAUCGUCUGGAGUUUUUCUCCUACCUCUAAAACUGUAACUGCUUCUCAUUUCAAUGUGUCUGAGUCUUCAAAUAUCUGAUUAUAUGAAGUUGGCGCAUCUCUUGGAAGAAGAAGGCCUUGGGAACGAGGCACAUUGCAUCCCCCAACAAUCAACAGGCAUGACAGGAUCAUGCAUGCUAACUUAAUUUACAUCAUUCAGGAAUAAAACAUGAAAGGAUGGUAUCAUCAUGUGUCGUUAAUCACAAAAGUGACAGAUGUCUCAUGCCUGAAGGAAGAAAACCAUUCAGAGUGUGAUAUAGCAGUGAUGUGCUCUUUCAUUGAGUAAAAUACCAAUCUUCAUCGUACCUAGUUGUCCUGUUGGAGAGACUUGUUUCACCAUCAGCCAUUAUUUGGAGAGGUAGUUGAGACUUACAUAAAGAGAGAAACGAAACAGAGAGCAUCAUGCAGCGGAAGCUGAGCCAACUACUCCUGCUGACGUGGAAGAACUACGUCCUGCAGAAGCGCCAUUGGGUCCGCACCCUCUUUGAGAUCGGCCUGCCCAUCUUUGUCUCACUGCUCCUGAUCUGGCUGCGGACCAAAGUCAGCUAUAUGGACUACAAGGAGCCGGCCAUCUACGGCGCCUACCCCAUCGACAAGCUCCCACAGAAUCUGACCCGAGAGAAGAUGCGAUUGCCCUUCCCAGUGCCCUGCACGUGGCGGAUGGCGCACGCACCCAACGGGAGUGCCGAGAAUCGUGUGAUGGAGUUGGUGACACAGAGCUUGAAAGAACAUCUGGUGAAGUUGGACACUGGCCUUGGCUUUGCUACCGAAGCCGACAUGCUGGACUUCCUCACAGCAAGCGACAACUCUACAUACCACUCUGAGUUCCUGGGGGGCGUGACUUUCCACAACCCCUUCCCCUCGGCCGACCAACUGCCAACCAAUAUCACCUACAGCAUCCGGCUCAAGGCCAGUCAGCGCAACUUCCCCGGCAUCACGACCAAGCAGUACACAGGAGCCACUUCCCGGUGGCACACGGACGAGCUGUUUGAACUGAUCAGCACUCCAGGGCCGAGACAGAAAGAGCAUACUUGGGGAGGCAAACCAGGUUAUAUGAGGGAAGGCUUUCUCCCACUCCAGCAUGCCAUCGACCGCGCCUUCCUCCAGUUCCAGAAUAUCAGCACAGACAAUUUCUCAGUGGAGAUGCGUCGCUACCCCUACCCGCCCUACUUUGACGAUGACUUCAUCUUGGUGAUCCAGAUACAGCUGCCCUUCCUGAUUCUGAUCAGCUUCGUCAUCACAGCUAUCACCAUCACCAAGGAGGUGGUGUUGGAGAAGGAGAGAAAACUCAAGGAAUCGAUGAAGAUCAUGGGUCUGAGUAACUGGCUACACUGGACGGCCUGGUUCCUGAAGUACACUCUCUUCCUCUUCAUCUCUGUGGCAUUCAUCACCUUGCUGUACAAGAUUCCAGUGGGUAGCCAUGGUGCCGUCAUCAACAACAGCUCCCCCUCCCUGCUGCUGCUGUUCUUCUUCAUGUACUCCCUUGUCAUCAUUGCCCAGUGCUUUGCCGUCAGCGUUGUGUUCUCCACAGCAAAUACUGGAGCAGUUUUCAUGGGCUUGAUCUGGUUCUUCAGUUAUGUUCCCUACUACUUCAUCAUUCAGCGUUACGAAUCCGUGUCCCGUGGCCUCAAGAUGGUGUCCUGCGUCUUGGCUAACACCGGAAUGUCCAUGGGUGCCUACCUCAUUGGCUUGUAUGAAGGAACAGGUGAGGGUAUCCAGUGGUCCAACAUCAACCGUCCAGUGUCUGAGGACGACAACUUCUCAUUCCUGGACGUCCUCCUGAUGUUUCUAGUGGACAUAGUUUGGUACCUGAUCUUCAUGUGGUAUGUUGAGGCAGUCUUUCCCGGCAGCUUUGGGGUACCACGGAAAUGGUACUUCCCCUUCCAGGUCUCCUAUUGGUGUGGCCCUGCAGUGAGGGACAAUGAAGAACGGUCAUUUCAGGAACCUUUGACCCCAGAUAGCCAAAGGCCGUCCAUGUCCUUCUUUGAGCCAGACCCCAAGGGCUUGCAUGCAGGAGUCAAGAUACAGGGACUGACAAAGAUCUUUGGUAAAGACAAGGUAGCAGUCAAGCAGCUAACCCUGAACAUGUACGAGGGCCAGAUCACGGCCCUGCUGGGCCACAACGGGGCGGGCAAGACCACCACCUUGUCCAUGCUGACCGGGCUGUUCCCACCGACCUCUGGCAUGGCUCUGGUCAAUGAGUACGACAUACGGACUGAGAUUGACGGGGUCCGGUGUAGCCUUGGCUUGUGCCCCCAGCAUGAUGUUCUCUUUGACAGGAUGACUGUCAGGGAACACCUCUACUUUUUCGCCAAGUUGAAGGGCUGCCCAUCCUCAAGAGUCAAAAAGGAAGUGGAGAGUUACAUCAACGCCUUGGAACUGCAGGAUAAAAGAGAUGCACAGGCCAGACAGUUAUCAGGAGGCAUGAGGCGCAAACUGUGUGUUGGAAUCGCCCUUAUCUAUGACUCGAAGGUGGUCAUGCUGGAUGAGCCCACCUCAGGCAUGGACCCUUCAGCCCGCCGCUUCACUUGGGACCUGCUGCAGCGACACCGACAGGGUCGAACCAUCCUGCUGACCACACACCACAUGGAUGAGGCUGACCUGCUGGGCGACCGCAUCGCCAUCAUGGCCAAGGGGGAACUGCAGUGCGUUGGGACCUCUCUGUUCUUAAAGAAGAAAUAUGGUGUCGGCUAUCACAUGACCAUUGCCAAGACGCCAACCUGCGACGUGGCACGGGUCUCGGCCCUGAUUAGUAAGCACGUGCCGGGCAUGCAGGAAGAGAGCAACGUGGGGUCAGAGCUGUCAUACAUCCUGCCCGAGGAGUCCGUGGGCCAGUUUGAGCAGCUCUUCAACGACCUGGAGCAGCAGAGGGCCGGGCUGGGAAUUAACAGCUAUGGAGCAUCAGUCACCACCAUGGAGGAAGUGUUCCUCAAAGUUGACCAAGAAGAAAGUGCUGUAGUUGCUGCUGAGAAUGGCCUAAUGGAAAGCAACGGGUCUGCCAGUUCACUUGGCACGACUAAUGGUGACCACAUACAAAGUGAUCGUGCACAAAUGGUCAACGGCAUGACCAAGUUUGCAGUGACUUUGCCCGAUGCCGAACAGGGAUCUUCAGACACGGAACCCCUGGUUGCUCUACCGCAGCGUAACACUGGCAGAGUACUGUACCUGCAACAGUUCCGCGCCAUGUUCCAGAAGCGCAUGUACCACACCUGGCGCAACCUUCUGGUCAUAGCUGUCCAACUCCUGAUCCCGUUGUUCAUGACGGCCGUUGCGGUGGUGGCUGAGAAGACCUUCCCUGCCAUCGGCGAGUCACCACCCUUGAUGGUGGACAUCCACACCUAUGGGCGGACAACGGUGCCCUACUUCCUGGCAGGCAACAAGCAGGAGCUGGUGAAGCCGCUGGCCCACAGCUACGUGGAUUACCUGGAGCACCUAAAACAGAAUCCCAUCUUCGUCAACAAUGUCACCGAUGCCAACACCACGAGCAUGGUGGGCUAUUUGAUUGAUAUUGGGAGCAAACAACUUGUCACGUUCAACCGGAAGAAUCUGGCUGCAGCGGUCUUUGCUGAGGAGAAGCAGAAGAUUAUGGCCACAGCGUUCUUCAAUGACCAGCCGUACCACACCCCAGCGGCUGCGCUCAGUGCCAUCGACAAUGCCUUGUUGAGGUACUACCUGAAGGGGGAGCACGUGGUGACGACCGUCAACCACCCGCUGCCCCGCACCUUCCACGAGAAGGCCAACGAUGACCUGGAGAGCCAGGUCUUCACAGGGUUCACCAUCGCCUUCAACAUGCUCUUUGGCAUGUCCUUCCUGGCCAGCAGCUUUGUGCUCUUCCUGGUCAAGGAGAAUGCCAGCAAGGCCAAGCAUGUGCAGUUCGUGAGUGGCGUGCAUUCCCUGAACUUCUGGCUGUCCACACUCCUCUGGGAUCUCAUCAACUACGCAGUGCCCUGCAUCCUUAUCGUGGUAAUGUUUGCUGCCUUUGGCAUCGAGGCCUAUGCUGGCGACUACCGUUUCUUUGCCAUUUUGCUCCUCCUCCUCCUCCAUGGCUGGUCCAUCAUCCCCCUCAUGUACCUCUUCUCCUUCCUCUUCUCUGUGCCCUCCACGGCCUUUGUCCGCCUGACCAUGUUCAACAUCAUCGUCGGCAUUGCAGCCUUUAUGGCAGUCAACAUUCUUGAGAUACCCUCGUUGAAUCUGCAGUCUGUUGCCGAUGCUCUCACAUGGGUGUUCUCCAUCUCACCGUCUUAUUGCCUGGGCAAAGGCCUGUCUGAUUUCUACGAGAACUAUGGUGUUCUGAAGAUCUGCAACAAGGACGAAUUCAGCAGAUAUUUCUGUAAUGACCCCGAUCUUGUCGCAAACAAUUCAUUCUUCAGGUUUAAUGACAACUAUCUGGGCUUCAAGGCACCAGGUAUCGGUUCAGAGUUGGUGUUCAUGGCGGGCACUGGUGCCCUGUAUUUCUUCUUGGUCAUUCUGGUAGAGGAAGGCAUAUUGCGGUCAUUGCGAUACCGCCUGAGGGACCUGUUCUGCGGGAGAUCCCCCAUGGAUCCUCAGGUAGCACUGCUGCCGGAAACUGCUCUAGAUGAGGACGUCCUCACAGAGAAGUCCCGCAUCCUGGGCGGUCAAUCCCUAACGGACGUACUAAUCCUGAGGGACCUGCGCAAGGUCUACUCCAGCUCUGGCAAGCCCCCGCUGGUGGCCGUGGAGGGCACCUCACUGGGGAUCCCUGCUGGUGAGUGCUUUGGCCUGCUGGGUGUCAACGGUGCCGGCAAGACCACCACCUUCAAGAUGCUGACUGGAGACGAGUUGGUUACUGAUGGUGACGCUCUGGUGGACGGGUUCAACAUUAAAAGUAACAUCAAGCAGGUCCAGCAACGCAUCGGCUACUGUCCGCAAUUUGACGCUUUGAUUGAUCAGCUGACCGGACGCGAGACACUACGUCUGUACGCCCGGCUGCGCGGCAUGAAGGAAGCUGUCAUUGAGUCCAAGGUGCAGGAGCUUCUUGCCAUGUUCAGUCUGACAGAGUACGCGGACAAACAAACCAAGACCUACAGUGGAGGCAAUAAGCGCAAGUUGAGCACCACCAUAGCACUGAUCGGAGACCCACCCAUUGUCUUCCUGGAUGAGCCAUCGACCGGCAUGGACCCAGUCACCAAGCGACUGCUCUGGAAAGCCCUCUGCCAAGUCCGCAACGAGGGGCGCUGCAUAGUGUUGACAUCUCACAGCAUGGAAGAGUGUGAGGCUCUCUGCACUCGUCUGGCCAUCAUGGUCAAUGGCCAGAUCAAAUGCCUCGGUAGCACACAACAUCUCAAGAGCCGCUUUGGCGAAGGAUUCACCGUACUGGCCAAGGUGUCCUCCCGGGAUGGCAUUCCGGACAUGAUGCCCCUGAAACAGUUCAUAGAGACUCAGUUCCCAGGCAGCAGAUUAAAAGACGAGCACCAGAGUAUGGUGCAUUACCACAUCACCAACACCCAGCUGACCUGGGCCCAGGUCUUUGGCACCAUGGAGAGAGCCAAGCCACGCUACGACAUUGAGGACUACUCUGUCAGCCAGACCACCUUGGAACAGGUCUUCAUCAACUUUGCUCGCAUGCAGAGGGAAGAUGAACUCCAAAGUUAAACCCCUCUAGAUGGAAGUAUUCCAGUAUUGUAGUCGAGUACUUCACUGGUACUUAAUUAGUUUAUGCCAGAGGGAUGUGUAUUAACUCCAUGGAGGACUAGCAAUUAUGGCACAGUAAGUUUUUGUGUCCACAACUGGGGGACGUGCAUACAUUUUGCCAUGUUUCAGUGAUUUUAAAGACAUACAAAGGCUUGAACUAGUCCAUGAAGGUUGAUCAUGUUCACAACUCUCAGGCAUCCUCUUCACCAUAGCCAGUUGAUGUACCAAAUAUAACCCUGUGACUUUUUCUCAGAGUUUAAAAAACGUGGCAGUGGGUAAAAAAAUAAACAAUCUAGAACAAAUAACUGGCAAGGAUCAUCAUUUAUGAAGUUCAACUCAGCAACAGACUCUGGUUUCAUUAAAAAGUCCAAAUUUUUGGCCAAAGUAAAUCUUGUAUUUCUCGAGUUUGCCAUGAAAAAAUACCAUUGUCAGCUGGUUAAAAUUGCUCCUCGUGUGUACGCAAGUGUUCUUAAGUAUGUCACAAGUAACUCGCUAUUGAUAAAAACCAAAAGCUAUUGAUUUCAAAAUGUACCAAAGACAUUUUUUGUUUAUUUUUCAUUCACUGUUAAAAAUGAAAGUGCUUGUGACAGUUACCAGUGAAAAAUAUGUGUGAGGUACUUGUGAGGUGCUCGACAACAACACAAAAUCAAAGUUGGGGUACCGUUCUGAUCACCAAAGUUUUGUAAUCACAUCGUGACCUAUUACUGAUAAAGCCGGCUUCAACAUGCUGUUUUGUUUUCUGUAUGUUUCUGUGUGUAUUGAUGAAAAGAAUCAAUAUGGUACCUAGAAAAUUAGAUAUGUCAAUUUUUUAGCAAUUUACUGUUCAGAUAUUCACUUCUCCCAGGGCUAGGUGGCUUGAAUAUAGUCUAACUCUAAGCAUUUGGUAUUUCUUCCACACACAGUGGAAAUGUUUUUACUGAGUUCAGCCCUUUAUGGUGUGAUGCAGAAAAACUGAUACAGAAUUACACUGAAAUCCAUAAACUCAAUGGAGAAGGGUAUUCAGUCCUCUGCAGCCAGUCCUAGUAGUGAUUUUUUUUAAAGUUUGGCAUACAUAUAGAGAUAUCAUUUUGGAGUGUGUUUGUGAAGUGUCAGCUCAAUUAGACGCGGUUUUGGGUUUUUAUUAGUUUUUUAAAAGUUGUCAUUCUGAUGUGUGCCAGCCGUUGUGCAUUGAGUUCAUGGGAAAAGAUACAUUUCUCAAGGCAUUGUGCCCAAUUUAAACAAAACGUGGUGUCAAAAUAGCCACAAUGUAUCAGUGAAAAAUUUCUUGAAUGUUCAACAUGAUUAAAAAAUGCAUUGCCACAAAAGUUGAGAAAAUGUAUAGGCAGCGAUCCCCUCCCCCUUCUAGGCUCUUGUAGGAUUAAGGUAAUAAAAAUAUUAAUGAUGUAAUGAUCUUGUCUUUUGUUCUGGAUGUGAUACCUUUUUCUUUUCUUAAAAAGUGUGAUAAUGUUGCAGGGAUAGUUAUUUAAAAUAAAUUGAGUUGGUCAUAUUUAGAAUGCUAAAUAUAAACAUUUAAUUUUUUGGUACAGGUUUUAAGAAAGCAUACAUUUUAAUCUUUUCAUUACCACAGAGUUAUAUUUUAUAUUACUGAAUGUGUUAAAUUAUAUAUCACUAUUACAGCAUUGUUGACAUAUAUAAGAGCUUGGUUGCUGGUGACAUUUUGAGUGGACUGUUGUGACAUGGGACAUGACAUUAUUACAUGCAUGGAUGCAUAGAGUCUGAGGCAAAGCUGAUAAUAUGUGCCAUAUCAGGUUAUUUUCAGGAAUGCUUUUUGGGCCUGAUAAGGGUCGUCAUGAGACUGUGCCCCGAGUUCCAACUUUGAUACACAUAUACCUCAUGGAAAUGUUAUUCAUGUUAGAUGACCACUCCGUUCGGAUCUAUUGAAUUUUCUGUAUGCAGUGCACCGCAGAACAUUCUCAAGUCAGGCUAGGUUAGAUUAUUCAAUGAGAAGUUUAUAACUAGAUGGGAACCUUCAGCUGGAACUCUUUGUAGUGGUACAAAGUAUUUGGAAUUAACACUCUGCAAUUUAUUUUUUUUGGUCAUAAUUGACAGUUAUGAUGCUUUGUACUUUUAAUAAAAAAAAUGUUUUGCAUAAUUUUGCACUUUUAGCUUGGGAUGCAAUGUCUUUCACUAUAUAAAUGGAAUCUAGGCCCACUCUGAGUACAGUCAGUUAUAAUUAAUAGAUGUGACUUUCCCUAUAAAUAAUUGAUAUGACUCCACUUGUUAGAGUUGGAAAUUUAAGCCAGCAAUAUUUGUGUCUGAUAAUUUAGGUAUUAUUAUUUUACUGAAAUUGUUAUCAAUAAUGAAAAAUUUAAAUUUUACAAAGUCUCACUAUACAAGCUAUGUUGUAUGUAGAUAUGCUUAAUUUGAUAUUGAUUGUACAUGUGUAUAUAGUGCUGAGACAAUAGAGGGCGCAAUGAUUAGUUUUAUAUCGGGGGGGGCAGGAGUGACUCAGACCUGGGCCAGCAAGUGCCAAGUUUUCUCCAAGGAGAGGGCAGGAUGAAAACAAUUUAGAAAUUUGUUUGCCCACUCUUUUUGGUCCAUUCUCAGGUUCCACUUGUGUGGGGAAUAAUCCUCAACUCUUACCACUUUGUAUUUUGUCAACAAAAGUGCAAAAAAUUUUGUCCAACCCUUUUAACAAGGUGUGUUGUCAAAUAUAUUCAUGGAAAUCUCUUUAGGUGAUAUAUUAAGGCUAUCAGUUUUCUGUUAUUAAGAAAUGCCAAGAAAAUGACAAUGAUAGUUUAAAAUGCUCUUUGACGUACAAUUUACAGUCGUAUGUUUGUUCAUCUAAAUUAUUAUCAUUAUUUAAAUGUGAGGCAUUCUCAAUCCACAAGCUUAUAGUAUUCGUUGAUCUGUAAGAUUUAACAACUUACAAAAAAAUUUGUUAUCGUUGCCUCUCACAAGACGAGGGGAUUCCAUUUCAACCGCACCAGUAAUUUUAUGAUAUGAACUGUCUGCAUUCUUGCAGUGAUGUUCCUCCACAGGUGUAUUGUGUGAAUGGCACUGAACCCUGGCUACAUCCCCAGUCUCAGGAAAGGGUAAUUGAAUUAAGAGAGCGUCAGAGAUGGCAUGUAAUUGAGUUACAGAGCUUCAUACUCCCAAUUGGUAAUAACUUAGCUCUGUCAUGGCUGGCAUGAAAGGCUGUCUGGUUUUCAUUGGUGUGAAACAGCAACAUUUGAAAUUUUUCUCUGAAUCUUCAAAAUUAGCAUACCUAAUGGUAGUGUAGUCGGAAUGAAGCCUGAAAAAAAAACAGUGUGGUCAAAGUUUUCAAGCCUUUGAUAAUUAAUACAAAUUUGAAAUUGGCAUUGCCAGGGAAGAUAGAAAACUCUUUCCAAGGUGGGGGGUGCUUCAAUGAUAUCCAUACUAUUUCAGUCCCACAAGGCUGUCUUCAUUGUUCAUUUCGAUAAUUAUGGGUUUCUUUUUAUGUAUGACCCACCCUACGACAUGCUUUGGCAAUCUGUUGCAAAAUUGGCCAGCCAUGUCAAUGUUUCUCAGAUUUGUUAGGUGCAGAAAUGUUGUAAAAAUCACCUAGAAACAUCUUGAAGGCCAGUUAAAAAAUUUACUUGUGUCUGUAGAGGUCCCUUGUGUGUCUGUGUUUUUAACUCAUCAGUAUACAUGAAAAAGCUAGUAGGCCUGUCGAUUUACUGCUGUCGAUGCAGUGUGAUGUAAAAUGAUAGAUUAAUGUUAUUUGAAUAAAUUUUAUUUCAAACCUUGCAAAGUGACAUUUCAUUUGAUAUUAAAUAGUGAAAAUAAGGCAUCUUUGUCAUACAAGUCAUACAAAAUAUGGAAGUAAUGUUGAAAUAUGUGUAUUUUUAAAUUGUGGAAAUUUUAGAACAUCAUUUUGAGAUGACUUUUCUAAUGUUCUGUAAUAGUUAAAAAUGAAUUGUGGAACCAGGAGGAACUUAAAUAUUUACUAAGAAACAACUGACGUAAUUGAAUGAAUAAAAUCUGCAGAAUAUAA